CACUUGGGCUGAACCGUACUACAGCACUAGUCUGGCUGGAUGUCUGACUCAGCCACGCAGGUUGUUUGGGAAUAUAUUUUAAACGCAUGUUUUAACUAAACAGACUAUAAAUGUUCGCUCGUUCCUCUUAUGUUGGACUACGUGCAUCUUGUUAUUUUGGGCAGUCUGGGGAAGUGCGGCAGUAGGUUUUAAGGUCUUUAACAAGAAGAUGACCAAGGCUCUUGCUCAGUCAUUUGAUAAAUAGACUGGCAGUGUCCAAGCUAGUAUCUUUCUGACCACACCUGCUAAUGGACUGAGAGGUUACUUCAAUAAAUGUUUCAUUUCUAUAUGUGGACUAGUGCCAAUGCUGCAGAAAAGCCCAACGUCCCGAUUCCAGGUCACUGUGUCCCCAAAUUUGUGCUAUCACUGUCCUGCACCAUCAACCGCCUGUUCGUCCCUCGCUUCAUGGGGCUGUUUUUGCUUUCUCUGACCCUGUUUUAUACCUUGCCACAGACUGCUAGAAUUCGUUUAAAGUAAAUUUGUACUUUUUAAUUUAUGGACCAAAUCUAGAACUGCGCAAUAACGGCCUCUGCCCAACAUAUGGUACUGUUGGAGUUUUAACCCUUACAAGAAACUAAUGUCAUUGUGCUCUCAGGAUUAAACCCAAGGACUUUCCAAGUGAGUUAGCACUCAGGAUUCAAACCAAGAACUUGCAUCCAGGUCAGUUUUAAACAAGCAUCAAACACAGAAAACCCUCUAAGCUCAUGUAAAUAACAAAUCAUGAGUUCUGACAGCUUCCAGUACCGUGCACUGUUCGAGUACAAACAGGAGAGGGGUGAUGAUAUCUCCCUGCAGCCUGGCGAUCUCCUCAUGGUCAGUAAGAUGGCACUGCUGACGUCUGAUUACCAGGAGGGUGACGAGAAGUGCCCAAAGGGCUGGCUGCAUGGCACCAAUGAACGCACUAAGGAGAAGGGCAACUUCCCUGGCACCUUUGUGGAGUAUGUUGGGGUCGUGAGGACGAGCCUUACUUCAGGGAAGCCCUGGCCGAGACCUGUACCGCCAACACCUGUAGGGCCUCAGCCCCCGGGGGCCUCUGCUUCAGAGGGCCCCUGUGGAAAGGGAGAUGUUGUAGAGCAGUGCGCUCUGCCUGACCAGACCCCAGCUGUGGUGCUCAGGCUGACGGAGGCUCUAGAGAGACUGGACUGGGAGAAUGAGCCACUGUACCGGUCUGGCCAGACCUCCAUUGGACCACCAGAAUUACUUCAGGCUUUGGAAACAGAUCCAGCAGCGGUGGACUUUGAGCAAUAUGACUUGUCAAUUUUGGCUGAUACUCUUAGGGGUUACAUUCAGGAAUUGCCCUGCCCACUCAUCCCAGCUGUAGUGUACAGCGAGUUGGUCUACACUGCUCAGGAGACCCAAAGCAUGGAGGAGUGUGGACAGCAGCUGAAAAGAAUCCUUGACUCCCCCAGUGUCCCUCAGGCUAACCACCAGCUCCUGGUUCAUCUGACCCGACACCUAAGCAAGGUGUCUGAAAGUCGGGGAGCAGCUCAGGCAAGCCCCAGGCUUCUGGCUCUGGCCUACAGCGAGGCCAUCUUCAAAAAUAACCACUUCAGUGCGGAUGUAAACCCAGAACACCAUGUGAAGAUUCUUGAGGCACUUAUCAUGGUUGGAGGCCUAGUGGAGAUACAAGCUGCUCCAGCUCUUCCUCCCAAGCCAACAAAACCCAUGACACCAGUAAACGGCAACGGUGUGAAAGAAGCCGCCAGUGGCUCAUUGCAAGAAGCAGAAUGGUACUGGGGAGACAUAUCAAGGGAAGAGGUGAACGACAAACUGAGAGACAUGCCCGAUGGUACUUUCCUGGUACGGGACGCCUCGACCAAGAUGCAGGGAGAUUACACGCUAACGUUAAGGAAAGGUGGAAACAAUAAGCUAAUAAAGAUCUACCACCGAGAUGGGAAGUAUGGUUUCUCAGACCCGCUCACGUUCGGUUCAGUGGUGGAGCUCAUCAGUCACUAUAGGCAUGAGUCACUGGCCCAGUACAACACCAAACUGGACGUUAAGCUCAUGUAUCCGGUCUCCCGCUUCCAGCAGGAUCAGCUGGUGAAAGAGGACAACAUUGAUGCAGUGGGAAGGAAACUCCAGGAAUAUCACAAUCAAUAUCAGGAGAAGAGUAAAGAAUAUGACAGACUCUAUGAGGAGCACACGAAAACCUCACAGGAGAUCCAGAUGAAACGAACUGCAAUAGAGGCCUUCAACGAGACCAUUAAAAUCUUUGAAGAACAAUGUCACACACAGGAACGCUACAGUAAAGAAUACAUUGAGAGAUUCCGCAGAGAGGGCAACGACAAAGAGAUUGAGAGGAUCAUGAUGAACUACGAGAAGCUCAAAUCCCGUUUAGGCGAAAUUCACGACAGUAAGACCCGGCUUGAACAGGACCUGAAAACGCAGGCUCUGGACAACAGGGAGACAGACAAGAAAAUGAACAGCUUAAAGCCAGAUCUAAUUCAGCUCAGAAAGAUUAGAGAUCAGUACCUUGUUUGGCUCAAUCAUAAAGGUGUUAGACAGAAACGAAUAAACGAUUGGCUGGGGAUCAAAAACGAGAACACGGAUGACACCUAUUUCGUCAGUGAGGAGGAUGAGAAUCUGCCACAUUACGAUGAGAAGAGCUGGUUUGUAGGGGACCUGAACCGAACACAGGCGGAGGACUUGCUACACGGCAAACCUGACGGAGCCUUCCUUAUCCGCGAGAGCAGCAAGAAGGGCUGUUACGCCUGCUCUGUUGUUGUGGACGGCGAGGUGAAGCACUGCGUCAUCUACAGCACACCCCGCGGCUACGGUUUCGCAGAGCCCUACAACUUGUACAGCACUCUGAAAGACUUGGUCCUGCACUACCACCAGACCUCACUGGUCCAGCACAACGACUCACUCAACGUGCGGCUGGCGUACCCAGUGUAUGCACAGAUGCCCUCAGGCCCCCGGAGAUGAAGACUCGCCCCCCCCCCAAAAAAAAACUCUCUAGACUCAUGGGAGGGUGUUCUGAACAACAACAACAAAAAAAACAUGCUAACAAAAAAAAGAAACACUUGCUGCAACACACACGUCAGCCACCUUGGAGUUAUAUAUUUUUACAAGAACAAUUUGGAGGGCAUUCUUUCUAAAGACUGCUUGAUUUGCACAAGGAAGUUUUAAAUGUUUGUGAAUGUGAAAAAAAAAAAAAAAAAAAAAAGGCAGAAGGAAGCAGAGGAGGCGAGUUUCAGGUGACCUGCGCUGCUACCUAAACUCCAGCUGGGACUUUUUUUUUUUUUACAUGCUCCAUUUUAGCUUUUAGCUUUUUUCUUCUAUCUUCCUGCCUCUUCUUUUUUUUUUUCUCACAUCCUUCCAUUUUUCAUUCAGCUUUUUGUUUUGUUUUGUUUUGUUCCUUUGUAUUGUCUUUGCAUACUUGUUGACUAAAUGUAAGGCAGGAAAAAUAUUUAGUUUGUUUAAAUUUCUCCAUCUCUGUCUCUCUAUGUUUUAAAAAAAGGCAAAAACUAUGUAGCAAACAGACGACUAACACUUUCCAGAGUGUUCUCACAGUGACUGCUGCUGAACGAGGGAUUGUGGGAUGGUUUGGGAGGGCACAAGUGAAAAUGUUGUAGUCUUAAAAACAAAAGCUUGUUUUAACACUAACCUUAGAGGUGUUUAUUUUUUUCCUUGUUUUCUGUUUGGCUGGAUAAAAAACUGUCCUUUCUGAGCAGUUAGGAUUGUUACAGUUCAGUGCAGAGACCAAAGUUGGCAUGGGGAGGACCUUUAUUUUUUUAUUUUUUUUGUAAAUUUGGCUAUUAAGUGGAAAGAUACGCAAUACACAUUGUUUGCAAACUACACAAAAUAGAUUGCUUCUGUGUCCUGUGAAUGGAAGCUCUUUUUUUUUCUUUUUCUUUUUUAAGAACCAAAAUCGCAUGCACAGACACAGUCGACAUAAAGCACUUAUAUAGAAAUAUGACCGCUGCACGUUUGUAUACCAAAUUUAAAGAACAAUUAUUCAUGUGUGGUUUUUAACUAAUGUGGCAUCUUAAUACUUAAUGUCUGAUCUAGAACAAUUGGAUUUGUGUAACUGUCAGACAUAUGUUUAAAAAAAAAAAGCAAGCGGGAGCAGCGUUAGAGCAGAUGUGCUUUAGUACGUAACUUGAAAAAAAAGUGCAAUCCAGCUUUUGAUGGUAGAGAAGUGGUCUGUCAGAGAGAUACACAAACUGCUCUCAGUUGCAUCAAAAAGCGAUAAUCACUUGAACCUUUUGAAGAAUUUCCUUUAAAAAAAAAAAUCCCCUUUAUUGCCUAGUGCUUCUCUCUUUUUUUAGCAGGUUGACUUGUUCUGUAUCAGAAAAGAGAAAGUACACUUUUCAUUGUUUGGCUGCCUGUUGGUUUUAAUGUCGCACAAUAAAACCUUUAUGAAAAUAUAUUCACAGCUAUAUGCACAAUAUUCACUGUUGGUACGUCAGUUAUGUCACUUCCUGUUUCUUGUUGGGCUUCUGGCAUGCAGGUGUCCAGUUGAGGAAUCACAUUGUUAUUUUUCUUUUGCUCUCACAGUUUCCCCCUUUUUGGUUGUAUGUUGCAAGAGCUACAGCAGACUGUUGCAGUUUUACAGACCAUUGACCAGACAAGACAGCCAGUGGAACUCACCCUGAAACCACCCAACUCACCCCUCAAAUCACAGCAUGCUACAUUUAAAAAAAAAAAAGCAGUAUAUAGUGGAAACUGAAUUCAACUGAAUUACAUUUUUUGUCAAAAUACUCUCAUGGCUUUUUGUAACUGGUUUGCGGCAAAUUGUACAAAUUCAUAUGUAAUCGCUAAAGCAAAAAAUAGUUAUAUUUUCUAAUGAGACCAAGUUGUUAUUCAAUUAUAAAGUGUUCGCUGUGUUAUUUGAGAAGGAAAACCAGGUGAAGUCUUCUGGUGGAUGGUUAGAGGGUGAGUUUGAUGAUGAUGGACCCAAACAGAAAGAGCAUUCAGUCAGAUCAGCUGUUGAGAUAAACUUACAACCUACAGUCCUAAUGAAAACCACAUGCAGACAGGGCAACCGAUGGUUUUUUUUAUCAUCCGAUAUUCAUUUCGGUUGCUCUUCCUUUUGCCAUUGCAAGGUUUUUGGGGGGGUUGAGUGGGUGUUUUUGGCAGGACUCAGUGUUCUUGUCUGCUCUACCAUCGCUGUGGCACGACCUGAACUCGUUCACCUUUCAGAAUGCUAGCUUUAGCAGAUCAGCUGCUUGAUUUUUGGUUCUGUGUGUGUGGUUGUUUACCAGUACAUCUUUGCAGCUUUGGUGUUGCCAUCUUUUCUAUGGAAAGUUUUGGGGUACUGUUUUCUAUAGCGUAGGUCCAGCUUUAUUUCUUUAUUCUCCAAAUUUUUUGAUUCAUGUUUUUUGUUGUUUGUUUGUUUGUUUGUUUGUUUGAAGCUGGGCCCCUGAGGGGGCCCCUGUCUAUUACUUGAACUCUUGCAUCACUCACCAUUGAAUGUCUUUAAUAAUACAUAGAUACAUUUAUUAAAACACAGGAAAUCCCUUUUAUGGCGUGAGUGGAUUGAGUAUAAAACGUGAGAACAUUUACUCUUUUAAGACUGGAACUCAUCUUGUGUGUUGAAAGUAAAGGGGUUUAUUUAUGUUCACAGAGCUCAAAUAUGACUGAUUAUUGGAGUCCAGUAUAGCACACGAUAUAUUUGAAAGUAUUAGUUAUUUACUAGACUGGUCACAAGCUUAUUUUAUGUUAGACAAUUCACGCCAUGUUCGUACGUGACAUUGAUUGAAGAAAAAAUGUUUUAGUCACCUUUUAUUUUCUAUUUUUAUUAGUGUUUAUCAGGCAUUGAGACCAAAGAUUUAAGUUUGGUUUGUUUUAUUUUCUUGCAUAGUACUAGUUUUGAAGAGAUGCAUAAUCUUGUUCCCUUGUAUUUCAAUUGCCUUGCUUCCAUGCAAACUUAAUUUUGUCUUAGUUUUUGGUUUGCUAUCGCUAGCCCCUCACUUGUCUGGUAAAAUAACAAUGUUUUUAUUACUGUCCAUAUAUUUAAGGGUUCACUGUGGAUUGGCUGGGGGUGCAUUUUUGCCAUUUAAAAACUGAUGACAAUUUGUUUACUGAAAUUAAAUGUACUUUUGUUAAGUCUCAAAGUGAACAGACUGGCCUAAAGCUUGCACUCACUUUUUCUAAAAGGUAUACUUUUUUGUGUGUGUGUGCCAUCAUAGUUUAUCCUUGUCAUUAACUUGUCUGUUAGGUCACUAAACCACCUCUAAAGUCACCAAAAUCAAGUGUUUCUAUGCCUCUUUUAUUUACAGUAGUCUUGCGUUCACAGACUCCAGCUGGAGUCAUUGUUGCUUUUUCUUUCUGUUUUGUAAAAUUCAUUUAAAGAAAAUAGACAACCCUAUACCAUAGAAAUGUAUGGUAUUUUGAGAGCGAAAAAAAAAAAAAAGUGAUUGUCAUUCUCUUCAGGGCAUAAAGCAGAGGGGUUUGUUGGCUUUCUUUGUUCCUAUACUAUAGAAAGCAAGAAAUAUUCUGUUUUUCUUUUUCCUUCCGGAAGUUUUCAGGGACUUGAAAAGCAUUGCAUUGGGAAAUCGUAUGAGAGACAUUUACUAGAGUGCUUUUUUUGUAUUGAAGUGGGAAUGGGGGAAGCUCAGACAUUAGAACAAGCUGACAAAAUCAACAGUGCAUUGCUUCAAAAGCUCAGAGGGUUUAGACAUGAACCAAAACAACCUUAUUUGACUCAUAACUGCUUGAGUUUUCAGUUAGACUCGAUACAAAGCAGGUGUUAUGACUAGAAGAGCUGGCUAUGUUUUUUUCUGGACUGUUAACUAGCACUGGCUAUUGCCCUCCUGUGCAGUUCUGCAAAGUUUUAUUUGCAGUCAGGUUUGAAUAUGUUGUGAUUCUCAUUGGGAGUCUUUUGUGUUCUUACCACAGCUGUCCCACCAUGAUAUCCAGCACAUUUCUUAUAAAAAAGAAAUAACAAAGAUUUUCACAAAAAAGAAAAAGAAAAAAAAAACACUCUCCUUCCCACUUUGACAUACGUAAAACCCAGCAUGCUUCUUUGGUACUCUUGACUGUUGUUUUGUGUAAAAAAAAAAAGAAAAAAAAAAAAAAAAGAUGUGGAACAAAAACUUAAUUGUCUGUUUAUGGUGUAGUCGAAUAUAAAUUUUAAUAUAGCUUCUGAGAAAAGACUGCUUUUUCAGCUGACAUAAGUUGGAGCCCUUUGUUGCAGUGACUAAAAGCAAAAUGAUGUUCACAAAAACUGAGACAGAGGAGCUGAAGCAAUAGACAACAGCGUGUUCAGUACCGUUUGCACAACCUGUACCGACUCAGUAACGUAUAAACGCAUCUCAUCGAUACCUUUUAAACUAAUAUGUUUUCUUUACGUCACACUCGUUUUGUCUUAUUGACCGAAUACACACUUUCUUCUGCAUAAAUCUAAAUAUUUCCUUAACACCAGCAGUGUUUUCAUCUCUGGACUUUUAUAGACACAGCUUGAGCAAUAAGCCAUGGGCCCUCGAUGUCCUAGUAACAUACUGCAAUGAAAAUAAACGUUGCUCCAGCUCCGGUUGAUAUAUCCUUCUGUAACAAGUGUUUCAUGUCUUAUUCAGACAAGUUAUGGCACAAAAGGACAUGAGACACUGUUAUCUAUUAUAGAUGUCAGAAAUCCUCUCUCUCAGUGUUUGAAUGUCAUUGUUGCUUCAGACUUAUCGGUAUUCUUCAGUUACGGUUUCCACCACAAAGCAUUUUCUUGUAUCUGUUUCAAUGGUUUGUAUUGGUUGUAGACUCUCCAUUUGUUAUGAGGUGAACUCAUGUAUAUACUCAAUGGAACUCCACAAUAUUCAGUUCUCUUGCAGAAUAAAGAAAAUAUUUUGUUCAAAA